AUGAGCUUCACCACCACCGCAACACGCCAUUCAUCUUCCAAGUCUUCUCGUUCUUCACGCCAGUGCAACAUCUGUGGUCGAUCUGGACAUGAUGCCACAAUUUGUUUUCGGGUUAAACUAUGCCCCCAUUGCAACCGGACGGGUCAUGACUCUCGUCGAUGCUACGAAAUCGUUGGCUAUCCUCCAAGAUGGUCCGGCUCAUCUAAGACAACUCCUACUUGUUCAUCUCUGACGACACAAGGGAACAACACCUCCGUCUCUUCGGCUGGGCAUGGUCGAGGGUCUAUUUCUUCUAAUUCGGCCAAAGUCCACGUUGCAGGUGUUAUUGGGACCAUUGGGUCUGAUCUUGUUGGCCCAGUUCUGUUAAUCCUCCUAUCCAUUUUGGCACUUACGGGACUAACUCAGUCUCAACAUCUACAGUUUCCUUUUUCUGCGCCACCUGCUUAUGAGUUUGAUUAUGUACCACUUCAUUCUUCUACACCGUGGCCUACUACUGAUGAUUCGUCUUCAUCGACUCAUGAUUCUGCGCUGGUCAACUCUCUCGACCCAGCAUCCUCAUCUCUUUCUAGAGAUACUGAGGUCAGAGGGGUUCUGACUCUAUGGUCUCUACUGAGCUCUUGGGACGUGGCCACCGGACGAAGUUUCCUUCCGUCAGACUACGAGAUCAUGUCACCAACACUAUUAUAG